UUUAAGGCAGAGCUGAUACCAACAAGGGGCUUUAGAGAACACAUAUCUGUGAGGAUGAAGACUUUGAGUGCUGCUCUUGUUUUGCUGAGUCUCAUCUCAGUGGGCCAGCCUGCAUCGCUGGCCUGUGAGAAGCUGUUAAAGCCAGUCGACCAACGUCCAGAUCUGAUUGGGAGGUGGCACUUUAUAGCUGUGUCCACAGAGUUUUGCCUGUCUUCAACAUUAGUCAGUGCUUUAUUUUCCCCAAGUGCCGCAGUGGAUGUAAUUUCUAAGGGCGAACCAAACCUCUAUGGUGAUACUACUUAUUUGAAAGCGAAUGGAGUUUGUAUCAAUGGAACCUCAAGAUUUCUCUAUGCAAACAGCAGCAUAUUUGAACUCGACAGUGAAAAUGCCACAGUUGAUCAACCAGACGUGCUGCUGCACACUGGCUGUCCUGACUGCCUCGUCUCUAAAGAGGAUAAAAGUCAUCUUUUGCUCUUCAGUAGACGAACAGCUGUUUCUGCUGCUGAGCUGACGGAGUUUGAGACACAGGCAGAGUGUCUGGGAUGGUCUAAACCCCAACUCCUCAACACUGAUCAUGAUUAUGAAAAGUGUGUGCAAUUUGACGAAGAUAUGGAUGAGGAUAAAUUAAGCGAAGUGCUUCUGAGUUUCUUUCAGAAGACGCUUGAAAGGAUGAAAACCACAUAUCACUUGUUAACCAAAUGCAUGGCAGAGGGUUUUAUUUCAUAUUACCCCUCAUUGUUUUAAGAACUAAAUGUCCAGUGCAUGCUGAACUUUAUUUUCAUAUCUAAAUAUGACUUUUAAUCUAUAUAUGAAUGCCUCUUUUAAUUACUGAAUUGAGCUUUUUUUUUCUUCAUUUAGAAGAAAAAGUUUUUUAAAUAAAAGUCUGUACGUCCAUGUAUGUUAAAAAUUUCUUUGCAAUUUAUGUGUGAGGCCAUAGCCAUGCUAGCAAUUCUAUGAGGCUCCAUAUAGACAUCAGUGUUUCGAACCAUGUAAUACAAAUAACAAACAACUAAAUAUCAAUGAUAGGAUAAUAGUGUAAACCAGGUAUUAUGUUUACCAUGAUAAUUUGUGGUGUAACUGUAAAAAACAAUCACAGAUUGGUUUGUAACCUAUUUUGGAACCACAUUUGAUGCAUUUAUUUUAGGUUCUAAAUUUCUUUUCUUAGUUUUGUCUUAUUUUAAGUUUCAUAUAGCCAGAAAUUGGUGCUUUUAGCUCUUAAAAGACUCCUUGGCUCCAACAUUUGAACAGAAAUGAUGGCUUAUUGUAACUGUUGUUGUAAAAUCAAAAGUAAAAGGAUAAAAACAGAUAUUAUUGUUUUUAUAUUUUCCACAAAUUCUUAACAGUAAGUUGCUUUUCUUUGCUUUUACAUUUCAAUAAAUAUUUCUCAAAUCCUUA